UGGCAACAUAAAGUUGCCCUCUACAACAUGGCAAUGUUGACUGUAUUAGUUGAUGGUCCUCAUCACAUUGGCCGAAACUGCAUAAACCUGCAUGAUGAUGCUCUGGUUUCCGAUGUGCAGCAGCAGCUGUAUGGCAAUUGUGAGUUAGAUGCUUAUUGGACGUGCCAAAGUCAUAUACUCGAAAAAACAGACGCGUUGAAAAAAUGGGCAGCUCCUAAUUGCUCUUUUAUAACGCUCUCUCUGCGACCUCGUGUCCGCGGUGGAAAAGGUGGUUUCGGCAGUCAAUUACGAGCAGCUGGUGGCCGAAUGUCACGAAAACGCGGCGAACAAGAAAAUCUUGACUCCUGUCGUGAUUUGCAAGGCAGACGGUUAGGUCAAGUUCGACAAGCAAAGGAACUUGCGGAAUAUUUAGCUAAGAAGCCUGCGGAAACACGGGCUGCUCGAUUGGCCAAAAAGGAAAAGCUUGCAAAAGUUUUGAAUGCUCAAGGACCCAUUACUCGUUACGAUGAGCACGAGUUUUUUGAAGAGUGUGAGGCUUCCAAAAGUGAUGUCCGCAAAGCUUUAGAAGAAACGUUUGACUCUGUAUGCUCUACGAACGAACUCAUUGGCAGUGGUGAAGGCAGCAGCAGUUCUUCGCCUAUUAUGCAUAGUACGGUGAUCCCAUUCCCUUUGGCGGCUCUACCUUCUUCUAACACCGUUGUUCAAACACCCAGUUCCAGCAACAGUAAGCUUUCUUCACAAAAAAAUCCGGCCUCUGCAGCUCUACUUCCCGGUAGCUCUUCUGCCGCUGCUGUAGUAAGAGAGGUGUUUGGCUGGGAUGAUGAAGAUGAAUAAGCUGAACUGUAUUGUUUAAUGAAUGACGAACUAAUGAACUGCAUCACCAACAUUUCUAACAACAAAACCUGCGAAUCUAUUAUUCCACAUAUAGAGUUUCGCGUGGUAGCUUUAUUUUUCGCUAAACAGAACCUUAAAAACUUAAAGUCUGGUUCCCCGCACUUUGGCUGGAUGAACUCUAGCCCUACCCUAAUGUGACGGCUUUUCCAACGAAACCAAAAUGUUCGUUUUACACUUAUGGCUGCUCCCAGUUACA